CGGAAAGGCUCAUGCUCAAUCUUCUCGCCACGGGGCUUCAGGCUGCCUUUAUUGGUGCGACGAUCCAGGGUGAGGGGGAUCUCCAUCGCUGAAGGGCGAAGGUGUAGCAAAGGGACUCUUCGUCCACGAUUCGCCAUAGCACAUGCUACUAGCUGUAGAAGGUGUCGAGUUCACUUCUGCGCGAAUGAGGUAUUGCCCCUCGCGCAGGUUCGUGCGCUGCUGCAUUAUCCAUCUCCUCACUGAUUUCGACGCGCCGCCAAGCCUCUCUUCCCGCGUCUUCCCGCAAGGUGCGAGCAUUGCUGGCCCAGGCGUUUCACUUUUCGAGGAAGAAUCGGGCUCCAAGCUGCGAUAAUCAUGCAGGAAAACAUCCCUGCUGGGGUGGAGCCACAGUCACCUCUUCCGGCUAUGGCGGCAGCUGGAGGUCAAGGCUCGAUGCCGCAUAGAGGGGGCUCGUCGCCGGUCGUAAAUGGAACAUCUCCUGGGUCGAAGUCUCCUUCUGUACUUCUUCCUGUCGCGCCUCCAGAUCCCAGUCUUCUGGGCGGAAGGUCUCAGGACUUCGUGAAGCUAUUCGUGGGGUCUGUUCCAAGGAAUGCGACCGAGGAUGAGCUUCGCGAUUUAUUCGGAGAAUUCGGUACCUUGCUCGAAGUCGCUGUGAUCAAGAACAAGGCAACGGGGCUGAGCCAAGGUUGUGCGUUUGUGAAGUAUGCAUCCAUCGAGGAUGCAGAGAGGGCCAUUCGUGCUGUCAACAACAUGAGAUGUUUGCCAGGGAACACCGUUCCUGUGCAAGUGCGAUUUGCUGAUGGAGAGCGCGAAAGGCUUGGAGCAAUUGAGCACAAACUUUUUGUUGGCUCGGUGAGCAGACAUUCAGGAGAAGCUGAAGUUAAAGAGCUCUUCUGUCAAUAUGGACAUGUCGAGGAUGUUUAUAUCAUGCGGGAUGAAAACAAGCAGAGCAAAGGAUGCUGCUUUGUGAAAUAUUCAAAUCGGGAGAGUGCGAUGAAUGCUAUAAAUGCGUUGAAUGGACUAUACACAAUGGAGGGGAGUGAUCAACCUUUGGCGGUGCGGUUUGCGGAUCCAAAGAAGCCUAAGGGCACGAUGGAGAUGCAAGGGUUUGGUGGGCCAGGAUUCCGUCCAAGGGGAGGCCCAUUUAUGUCAAGAGGCGGAAUGCAAGGUGGCCGGGGGAUGGGUUCGAUGGAUGGAGGGAGGCCACACAUGUGGAGAGGUCCGAUGGGUGGACCUGGAAUUGGUCAUAUGGGACCUGGUGGUCCUAUGGGUCCAAGAAUGAUGGCCGGCCCAAUGGGUGGGCUUGCGGGACCAAUGGGUGGACAGGGUGGUCAAAUGGGUGGACCUGGUCCAAUGGGUGGAGCAGGGCCCUUGGGUCAUCACGGGCCUAUGGGAGCGCCCACCAUGCUUCAUCCAGGGCAGUCACAACAGCAGCCUCAGCAACCCGGUAUGCAACAGCCUAUGCCCUUAAUGAUGGGUGGACCUGGGGCGGGGGUUAUGCCUUUGAUGCAGCAACAGCAACAAGCGCAGGGUUACUACCAACCACCACCUCAACAAGCUGUGGAUCCCCAGCAGCAGCCACAGCCACAACAGCAGAUGCCCCAGCAUAUGCAGCAGCAAAUGCCACAGGGAAUCCAGCAGCAAAUGCCUCAACAGAUGCAGCAGCAAACACCUUUGCAGCAGCAGGGAUAUUACCAGCUGCCUCAUGCGCAGCCGUCUGUUUCUGAACGAAAGCCCGUGGCCCCUCCUCAACAGUAUAUACCUCCUACUUGCGAUUGGAGUGAGCACACUGCUCCUGAAGGGUACAAAUAUUACUAUAAUUCAGCCACUGGUGUGAGCCAGUGGGAAAAGCCACCAGAGCUGACAGCAUACGAGCAAGCACAGCAACAAGUGUCAGUGCAACAUCAGAUGCCACCACAGCAGCAGCAUCAGCAGACUCCUCAGCAGCAGGGAAUGCCUAUUGUGCAGCAGUACCCAGGGGCACAGAUGCUUGGGCAGCCUAUGCAGUAUGGGCAGCAGCACCAGGGGGGCAUGCAAGGAAUGGAGGCUCGUCCAAACCAGAUACAGGGCCCUCCCGGCGCAAAUCUCUUUGUCUUUCGCAUACCAGAUGACUUUACGGAUGAGAACUUGACUCAAACGUUUACUCCAUUUGGGAAUGUGAUAAGCGCACGUGUAGGAGUGGAGAAGGAGAGUGGGAGGAACCGAGGCUUCGGGUUUGUGAGUUUUGAUAAUGCUGCUUCAGCUGAAAAGGCUAUUCAACAAUUGAAUGGUGUAACGAUUGGAGGAAGGCGGCUGAAGGUUGAACGGAAACGAGGUGAGGAGAAUGGCUCAGUUGGUUAUCGACCUUACUAGCCGCACAGCAGCAUUGUCACUUACAAAGACUUUAGGUGUCCUGAAAGGGAGUAGGAGUGAUGAACAGUAGGUAGCAGGAUUUGAGUUAGGUGGGUUUCAGAGUGUGUAUGUGUGCGAGAGAGAGAGAGAGAGAGAUCGUUGCUCCCUCGUCCGAAUGGAAAGGGUUCCGUGCGGACGAGGAGAGUUAUGGGCUUGUAAAUAUCAUCAGAGCUUUUUGAAUUGACGAGUGUUAUUCAUCGCGCUUCAAUUUGGCGAAGGCUUGUUUUGAUCUCUGGCCCUCGUAUUUGGUAGUCUGACCCGAAAAGCCGAGUACAGCGACCUGACAGUCCUGGCUGGUGGAAUGGUGACCGCUCAAGACUGGCAACUGGCUGUUGUCUCUCUGAGCAUUUUGAAAUGUGCAGUUUGUUGUCCUCCCUUGUCUGCCUUCAAGGGUAGACAAUUCAUCGCACUCCUCGAGGGUUUUGAUUAUGUAUUGGUGGUUCUGUGUGCUCAAGCAAAUGGGAAGAAGGUGCAGAAAAAACAGAUCCUUCUCUUUCUGCAAGCGGUCUGUGCACUGCUCACUGCGCAGAUGAUUGGUGUCAUGGAUUCCAAGGGGGAAGGGCGUCCAAGGUGAGAUGAGAGAGACAGCUUGGAACUUGUUUUUUGAUCAAGUAGUGGCUGUUGAUAGUGAACUUGGGGUACGGAACACCAGAAGGUUUGUGCGGGGGAUUUAUCGCACGCCUGGACUUAAUUUGAGCUGACCUUGGUCUUUGAAAGUCUUUCAUCGCAGUCUGAUGAGUUGGUGCGGGGGAUUUAUCGCACGCCAGAAGGUUUGUGUUCUCUCUUGGUUCCAUCGCAGGACUGAACACGUUCUCUGCUACUCUUGCAUAACCUGCUUUUUUGUGUGUACGUACCUAUGUGCCCUUUUCUGUGUUCUCCUGAUAUGCACCAUAUAAUGAUGUAUCAUCCGUCACUGCCGGAAGCAUGCACCAUAUAAUGAAGAAUCACGAGUGCCCAAGGAAUGCAAACUUGAUUGAGUUCCUAUUUACCAUGUGGGCACUGGAAGGAGUGGAAUGCUGGGGAAAGCGAAACAUCAGAGGUGGAAAUAUGCUCAUAUGCUGUGGGUGGCUGUAAUCGGUAUGAUGUAUGCAAGAGAGGGGCAGCAAUCAGCUGACCGAAAUUCUCCGCCUGUGAAUUUUGGUGAGGAAUUUGAUGUUUGCGCCUCUAUGACUCAAAUUCUUGUGCCGUCAUCCCUGCACACCAUUACUGUCAGCAAUCAGUGCUGCUGAUUAAACGCCGAGUCCUCUGCACAUACAUUAUAAGAUGCUGGAACUCACUUCCUAUAUAUUUAUCUGUUUUUUUUUCUUUUUUCGGUGCGGUUAGGGGGAGUUGGACAAUUUGUCUCAACGAACUGCAAGUAGCAGCUAUGGCAUUUGGAAAGUUAAGCUGGUAAUUAUUAUUAUUAUAUGUAAUUGUUUUUGUAAUGCAUGAACUCUUCGGAGCCAUUGCCAAUUGUAGCCUGCGAAUUGGGAGGAGUGAGAGGGGAAAUAGAAGAUGGGAAACCUUGUCUGGGACCUUGGGAAGGGGGUAGGGAAGGAACAAUUGGAAGAGGCAGGUAAUGGCCAAGAUCUGGGGUUGGAUGUGUAAGCGUGAACUAUAGCUGGUACUGCAAUUGGGUUGGCGGCAGCCUUCUGGCCGUCCGUUAAAAUUGGGACAUAGCAAAAAGAAGAUUAGCGUGGGCGGUGUGCAAGGAUGACACUCGUGAAUUGAGAAAUGGCCCAUUUUUUUUUAAGGGAAAAAAAGGAUUGGGUGGGCAGGGGUAAACAAAAGCCGGAGGUACCG